AUGAGCAGCUUUUCGCUCUCCGUUUUUGCCAGGCGGCUCGGUCCUCCGCAAUGGACCUGUACAACCUGCAGAAGCCAGCUUCCUCGGACCAUCAAGCCAGUCAGGUGCUUCGGCGCCACUAGACGCUUCGCCACUGCAACAGACAAGAUUGGCUCGUCGCAACAGCAUCGCCGCCCUCGCAGAGCGCUUCUUUUCGCAUCGACAACCGCAGCUGUAGGCGGCGUCACGGUUUUCGCCUUCAUCGACGAUAUCAAGGGCUUCUAUGAGGCCGCUCAGCGCAGCGGUCGCGUCGUCUCGGGAUUGGCAAUCUGCAUCAACGAUUACCGUUCUACACUGAAAAAGAGAGCAUUGAUUGAAAAUAAAGACGAAAAGGAAGCCGUUCUCAAGGCGUGCCACGAGCGAUGCGCGAAACGUACGUUGAAGGUGCUGGAGAAGAACGGCGGCAUCUUUAUCAAGCUCGGACAGCAUCUUAGCGCAAUGAACUAUCUCUUACCCUCAGAGUGGACCACCACCUUUAUCCCACUCCAGGACAAGUGCCCAGUAUCCUCGUACGAAUCGAUUGAGGCAAUGUAUAGAAAGGAUACAGGCGAGGACCUGAUGGAUUACUUUUCCGAAUUCUCGCACGAGCCCAUUGGCGCGGCCUCGCUCGCGCAGGUGCACCUGGCAACGAUCCGCGCCUCUGGGCAGCAGGUCGCGGUCAAGGUGCAGCACCCGGAGCUGCAGGCGUGGGCGCCGCUGGACCUCGCGCUGACCAAGUACACCUUUUCGACGCUGAAGCGCUUUUUUCCCGAGUACGACCUCGAGUGGUUGUCGUCGGAGAUGGAGGUGUCGCUGCCCAAGGAGCUCGACUUCCAGGAGGAGGCCGUCAACGCGCGCUCCAUGCGCGACCACUUUGUCAGAAUUCCGCACCUGCCCCUUGUCAUCCCCGAAGUCGUCUGGGCGCGCCAGCGCAUCAUCGUCAUGGCGUACGAGGCGGGCCACCGCCCCGAUGACCUCGCUUACCUCGAUGCCAACGGCAUCGACCGCGACGAGGUCUCGGCGACGCUCGCGCGCAUCUUCAACGAAAUGAUUUUUGGCGACGGCGCCCCUUUGCACUGCGACCCGCAUGGCGGCAACCUCGCCAUUCGCAAGAACGACUCGUUCCGCGGCUUCAGCGGCAAGCCCAAUUUCGACGUCAUCCUCUACGACCACGGCCUGUACCGCGAGAUCCCGUCCGAGCUGCGCCGCUCUUACGCCAAGAUGUGGCUCGCUGUCAUGGACGGUGACAUGGACCGCAUGCGGCGCUACGCGCACGAGGUCGCCGGCAUCACCGAUAAGGAUUUCCCGCUCUUUGCGUCGGCCAUUACCGGGCGCGACUACAGCGUCAUCUCCAAGCAAGGGUCCAUCCUGCGGUCGCGCACCGGCGAAGAAGAGGCCGCCAUGUCGACGUCGCUGCAGGAGGGACUCAUCGUCGAGCUCGUGCAGCUUCUCAGCCGCGUGCCCCGCAUCAUCCUCCUCAUUCUCAAGACCAACGACCUGACGCGCAGCCUCGACGAGAACCUGCACACGCGCCAGGGCCCCAUUCGCACCUUUAUGAUCCUCGCACGCUACUGCACGCGCACCGUGUUUCACGAGCAGCUCGACAAGAUUCGCGAGCGCGGGGGGUCGUUUUUCUGGCCGGCCAACGCGGUGCGCGUCGUGUCGGCGUGGUUGUCGUUUAUGCGCGUCGAGAUUAAGCUCGAGGUGUUUGAGCUUUGGCUGAGUAUCAAGCGCAUGAUGGGGUUCAAGAACAGUGUUGGCGUCCUAUCAUAG